CGGCGUAGGCCCCGUGCUGCGGGAACCGGGCAGCCCUAGCGACCUCAGUCCGAGCCCGAGGCCUCUCUGAGCGGCGGCUGACCCUUUCUGAAGCGACUCCCUGCAGGGUAGCACCACUGAGGCAGGGAUAGGGCCCAGGGACCCAGCACCAGGUGCGGCUGCCACCGCGCUUGCCGCCUGUCGCUUCAGGAUGAAGGGGGAGACACCCGUGAACAGCACUAUGAGCAUCGGGCAGGCGCGCAAGAUGGUGGAGCAGCUGAAGAUCGAGGCCAGCCUGUGCCGGAUAAAGGUGUCCAAGGCUGCAGCGGACUUGAUGACGUACUGUGACGCCCACGCCUGCGAGGACCCGCUCAUCACGCCGGUGCCCACCUCGGAGAACCCCUUCCGCGAGAAGAAGUUUUUCUGUGCGCUGCUGUGACCACGCCCCUCCCCGCCCCCUAGCCAGAUGGCCCCGCCCCCUCGCCUCGCCGGCCCGGGAGACCUCCUGGGUCUAGAAACAUGCCCCUCCCGUCCCCAAGGGCCCCGCCUCUCCCCUCCCCUCGGAGGCCGUCCGGGGCUUGGAGCCCGCCCCUCACCCGCUGUCGCCCCGCCCACUAGCCCUCUCCCCCUCGGGGCUCCUCCUCUCCCCUAGGGCCCCGCCCACAGCGGGCGCGCGAGGAGCUGCCCUUCCUCCACCUGCAGCCGCUAGGUGGGCAAUAAAAGUCAUCUGUAGGC